AGAAGUACCAUCCUCAGUUAGGCUUGAUAACUUAAGAUAUCUAUAUAUGAGUAAUACCAACAUCAAGAGUUUUCCGGAUUUAUUCCAAUGCUUUCCAAACUUGCUUGACCUUAGCGUUGAUGGUUGCAAGAACCUUGAAAUGCUGCCAGAGCUCCCUCGUUCACUCGAAGGCCUCAAUGCCGAUGAUUGCCAUUCCCUUAAGAAGAUAUCAGGUGGCAUAUUCAAUCCAAAUUCCGUUGUCACAUUCGCAAACUGCGUGAAUUUGGAUGAAACAUCUGUGCAAGAUGUCAUCCAACGGUGGAGUUGUGAAUUGGUAGUGUUGCCAGGUGAAAAAGUGCCGCCAUACUUUGAUCACCGGAGUAGUGGAAGUUCUCUAACCGUCAAGUUGGGCGAGAUGCCACGUUCUCCUCUCUUGGUAUUUGAGCCAUGCAUUCUGCUUGCUGACCAGGAAUGGUGUUAUGGUGAAGUGCGGCUAGACUGUUGCCUCAGAGGCAGUCAUGGGGUUAUCAUUCGAAAGAGCUUUCGUUGGAACACACAUGGAAGUCUUUCAAUUGUACCGAAUCAUCUCUGUAUACUUGGCUGUGCCUUGCUACACAAAGCCGACAAUCCCGCAGCUGAACUACCCUUCAACCAUGUCGUGUUCAAAUUCCAUGCCUCCCAUGCCGUCGACAUAAAAGAAUGUGGUGUACGGCUCUUUGAACACAGCACAAUACCUCCGGAUGAGUGGCUUAUCCAACCAUUUAAUUGCGGAGAGCCUAUAAGCAUAAGCAGCGACCGGGAAACAAGCAAUGAGGCUGGACAUAGCGAAGCGUCGGAAGACUCUGAAAGUGCAUACGAUGGUGGUGAUGGCUUUCAAACUGAAAAUGAUGAGUCAAUGCCGAGGAAGCGAACAGGAAUCGGUCCAUGAAUAUGAAUACAACGAAGAGAGGCAAAGAGGGAUUGCGGUGGUAGUGAUUAAUAUUCAUUUUUUCUAAUUUUUUUAUUUAACUCACAUUAAAAUUCAUUUUCUAAAAAAAACUGCCUUCGUGCCUUGUAUUAGUUAAAUGUGUAUCUUAGUAAACUAAUUGUAACUUAUUCUACAAAAUGCAAAUUCAAAGA